CUGCUACACAGAUGACACAGCCAUGGCCAGGUGUGUGGUGCGGUCUCUGCUAGCCAAGGGAGAAUUUGAUGAAGUUGAUAUGGCCAGGAGGUAAGGAGUUACAGUCAGCACAACAGGGAGAUCUGUGUUGCUUUUGCAAGUGAUAGUGAGUGAAAGCUAAGCACCCACUUUGAGCUGUUCCCGUUCAGUCCAGGAAAGUGGAGAGGAAUUCAGUCUGAAGUGGCCGCCUAUUUGUGUGGAGAGACUGAAAAGAGCAGUGGCCCCAGUGCUGCAAUUUGGCCUGUGCCUGCAGGGUUUGUGCCAUUCUAUAUUCUCAUUGACUUGAGUGGCAUCUCAAAUCUUAUGUUGAAACUAAACAGGGGGGACACUGUCAAUGUAACAUUUAUGUUAUUUGCUGAGGAGCACAAGAAGGAGCCAGAUCGGGGCUAUGGGAUGGCCGUCGUCAACGUGUUCAAGAAACUUCUGAGCCCCAAGUGCAGUGAUGUGUUUGAGCCAGCCCGAGUGCAGUUUAAUGGGAAAGGCUCCUACGGGAACGGUGGUGCUAUGAGGGUAGCAGGCGUUUCGCUGACUUACCCUGAUGUUCAGGAUGUGAAGAAGUUUGCGAAGCUCAGUGCUGAGUUGACCCAUGCCAACUCACUUGGCUAUAACGGAGCCAUCCUGCAGGCUCUGGCAGUGCACCUUGCCUUGCAGGGAGAGCUCAGUUGGGAAAGCUUCCUGGAGCAGCUGAUCGGCCACAUGGAGGAUGUAGAGGCAGAUGAUAAAUCUUUGGCUGAUGCACGAGCGAUGGGUUUUGAAGAAUUACCAUUUUCAAGACGUCUUAAGAAGAUCAAGGAAUUUUUGGAGCUUAGCACCGUUCCAAAGUCGGAUGUAUUGCUUGAGUUAGGAAAUGGCAUUGCUGCUCUGGAGUCUGUCCCCACUGCGAUUUACUCUUUCUUGCGCUCCCUGAAAUCUGACCCAGAUAUUCCCAAUCACUACAACAACCUACAGAGAGUCGUCAUCUACUGUAUCUCGCUGGGUGGAGACACAGAUACCAUAGCUACCAUGGCUGGAGCCAUUGCAGGAGCUUAUUAUGGGGAGGAGCAGGUACCCCUGUACUGGGAGCAGAGCUGCGAAGCUUUUCAAGAGACAGAGAUGUUGGCAAAUAGCUUGCAUGAACUCUACUGCCAACGACUUUGAGCCACAGAAGUGGUGUCUUGUGCCAAGGUUAAAGCGUCUACCUCUGUCUCACUGAUCAGAUCCAUGGCAAAUGGGUCCACCUUGUCUUUAAUGAUCUGUAACCUGUCCAACUCCAGAAUGGCACUUGCUGUCAUGUGUCGCAUGGUAGAAGUGAGACUUGGACCUUGUUUUUCUGUUACAGUUGAUCUGGAGGGUGCUUGCACAGAGCUUUGGACGAUGGAAUUUAUUGUCCCACCAAAGCACAGAGACAGUAUCUGGUUUCUGAUGAGAUUUCUGCUUCUUACCGAGGCCUUUCCUCCUGUCAGUGUCUCGUUCUGUCAUACGACUUGUCCAAGCAUCAAGUGGGGUCUAAAUCCAGGAACCAGCUUCCUGUCCUCUGUUUCCAGAUUCCACAGACUUCCAUUCAGAUGUUCACAGCCUAACCUUCAGGAAGCACUUGGGUUGCACCGUACCCAUAAAGCAAUUCUUUUGUCAUCUUUACUCUCUGCAUUACACCUGUGCCUAACUCCUUAAACUUUCCAUUGCCUUAUGCACCAGACUGCGACCUUCCAGAAUGCUGCUCUUGCUCUGGUUACUCUCUCUCCUCCCAGCGCCUAAUCUGUGCUGUGCUAUCCUUGCACCCCAUUCUGCACACCUGGUGUCCAGUGCAUGUGGCAAGGUCACUAAUAAACCAGUGGGAAGAGAUGUAGUAAAACCUAGUGGUACCUUAGGUCCAAAUUUUAGACCCAUUGAAGUCAGUGACAAAAAUCUGAUUGACUUCAGUGGGAACAGGAUGCAACUCUAAUUGCUUUCAACCUCUGCACCUGAUUGGGAUUGUCUAAAAGUGGACAGAAGGGCGAUUUCAGUUGAGAAUUCACGUCUGUUAAGAAAGGGCUCAUGUACUAGGAGACCGUGCAAAAGGUAGAUGAUGUAUUAGAAAACAGUGUUCUGCAGUGGGAUGUUUAAAAACGUGCCCAGUCAAGCAGGCAGAGAGGAAAUAAUCUGAGUCUGUAUGCCAGCUGAAUUGUGUAAAUAAUGUGUUUUGAAAUGUCUGUAGUAAUUAUAGAAAACAAAGAAAUAAAAACCAUCCUGUUUGCAGGCAGCUACCAUAUGGAAAUGGGUAUAAAUCCAAAUGUUCCAAAGAUUUUACUAAAACUGAGAAGUGAACACAUUACUAAUAGGGGGCUUAUUUCCUGCUGAUGUCAGCAGAAAGUUGUUGUGUACGUGUGAACAAUUUGGUUGUAAUUGGGUUAUUCCUCACCUUUCCUCUACUUUACUUCCCUAGAGUACCAAUCUAUUGCAUGAAGCUUUAAUGGAUUUUCCGAGUAUACACAUGACUUUGUCGUAUAAAUAUGUGGAAUUUACAGACUCUGCUGCAGAUCUGAAAAGUAAAACAUCAUAUCUUAAGAGAUUCUGCAAGAGACUUCAGAAUUUUCAAGGAAGACAUUUAAAAACAAAUCUUCUGUUUAAACUGAUCUUGUUUUUCUUUUGAAUGGAAAGAAGUUGUGGAGCUUGCACAGGUUAGCUUUUAUAAAGUUUAGCUUUUCCUAAAAUAGGAUUGGAAUGUGUUUUUCUUAAAAGUAAUCCAGUCACUUAGGAUCAUUGAAGGAAAAUACAGGAACAGUGGCUAAUUAUCAACGCAAAGGAGUUGUGUUGCAUAAAUCAGUCAUUAGCCUAGAGACUUAUUUGACCUCAGCCUCUUUAGGUACCAAACUAAAGUUUGGACGACUUGGACAAAGAGAUGUUCUUUAUACGUGCUUCUCCUAUGGAGCCUUUCCUAGCCGGGGUAAAAAUUCCUGGCCAUUCAACUGUAGCUGAACUUGGAACCCAGUAGGGAAAAUCUUUAUGCAUAUUUGCACAGACUAAUUGGACUGGAGCCUGUUCUCCAAUGGUGGUGUAUAGGGAUGGGAGUUUCUGGUGUGGAAACCUUGUGAAUCAGUGGCAGGCUCUUGAAGUGUUGCAGUGAAAAUGACAGCUCAGCUGCAGAAGGCCUUGGUCGUCUUCUAUGUCCUCUUUCACAGCUCUGCCAAGCAGAUCCUGCUUUUUUUCCUGUGUCCUUUGACGUUCAUGCAGAGCACAAUUCAUCUACUGGUAAAAAGCUCAGCGUGCUUCAACCAAAGCAGAUGCUAGUCUGCUGGCAGCAUUUCCCAUAUGUCCAAACACCAGUGACCAGACAGGCUCCCAGCAAAGAAACUGCACUCAGACUUGUGUAAUGCCUGUGAUGAUGAGUCAGUAACAUCACUGGAGCUAUGGUUGAUGGGCUGAGAAAGGGAUGUGGUCUUCCUGUUGUGUUGAGGCACCAUUUAUAAAUCUGGCUCCAUUACUUCCCCAGCACCUUCCCACAUUCUUAUUGGCGCUUUUGAGGCUUCCCUAGUAUCAAAUUUGCUCCGCAGUCGCCUCCUGCAAGCUGCAGUCAGCUUGGUUGGAAACUGCCCUGUGGGUGUCACCUGUAGUUGUAAUUUGCCAAGCCUGGCUCCACCUGUGAAGCUGGAAAACUGCAGGAGAGUAUUGAGUUUGUUAGCAGGAGCCGAAAGAUCUGUGCGCUCUCCUUGGGUUUCUUUGUUAUACUAUUGCAGACAGCUUUGAAUUUUAGCACUGCUAGUUAUUCCAGGGCCAAGGGCAUUUAGCCUUUACACUGUGUUAAGUGCAAAGGUGUUUGUGCUGACGCCAUCGCAGUAUGGGAUUUGGGAAUGAUCCUGAUUGUGUUUUCCCAGAUCUUGCCUCAGCAGUUAGAACAGUUCUGACAUUAUCCUUGCUCCCAUCUCCCUUCAUGACUGAUUUUGGCCUUUACUGAGCAGCACUGGUGAGGGAGGGUACAAAACUAGUCCGAAGUGCACUAAUGUGGUAAUUUUACGGUACUUUUACUAGACCACAGCUGCACUUUAAAUGCCACCUUUGGGCUUUAUUGUAUGUAAUUCUAUUUAGAGUUUUACCUUCUGCCUAUAUAUUUCCAUAUAUAGGGGCAGCCAGCCCCUUGUGAGGCUAAAUUACAAGGGGAAUCAUAGGAAAAGUUUUAGGCUAUUCUUCUCCCUCCUCCCCUCCCCCCUCCACGUCUCUUCUUUCAAGACUCAGUGUGCAACUGCAUUGCUAUGGUUUCUUAAUAAUGUUUCUCCGGAAAGCAGGUUGAAAACAUUUCCAGGUCAAUUAGUGGCAUCUUGUGAGGAGCUGGACUUCCUGCUUCAUUUGCAGUAAGUUUAAUUCUUGAAAUCUGCUGUAAAAACUGUUCUCACGAUGGCUGCUUUUGUUUACAAGCAGUGAAUGGUGCAUGUGUCAUGGUAAAAGUGGGUAACGCCUGUUAACAAUAGAAGGAGUUCAGUGCGUCAGUUAUACCGUGCAUUGUGUGGCAAUUGCAUGCCCCAAAGUAUUUCAGUGCUGGAGUUUUUGCUCCAGAGUUUUACUUGUAGAAAAUACUUGCAGUAAGGAGCAAUGGAUGGAAAGGAGUCAACUGCUGGAGCCUUGCUGCUAGAAUCAGUUCAGGUUAGUCUGUCUAGUGCGCCAAGAGUGUUCUGGGAGUAUUAAUAAGAUGCACCAAGACGACAAUUUGUCUUACACCCCUAAAUGUAAUAAGGUUUAAAGGGACAUGUCAACUUAAAAUUCACAUUUCUGCCUGGAAAUGUUUCACUGGCUAUAGUUAACAUUCCCAAUUAGGAGACCUGAAAGAGAUCACUUAAUAAAUAUUGUUUCCUUAGUGCCUCUGGCAGCACUUCAUGUAAUAGUCAGUUUCAACAUUUCUCCUGCAUAGUAAGCCAGUCCCUUUUGUCUGUGGAGAGAGAGAGUUUUUAAAAUAAGGGAAUGUGAUUAUAAAAGCACAAGAAAAUAGCAGUCAGAGGACUCAGAGGCAGGGUGGUAUCUAAAACUACUUUUA